AUGUACACCCUAGUAAGUGCUAAUAGUUUGAAUGAUUAUCGACCUAUAGCAUGUUGUAAUGUCAUACUUAAGUGCAUUACUAAAAUCAUCUCAACUAGGCUUAGCUCCUGUGUUGGUUCUAUUAUAGAUAAGAGUCAGUGUGCUUUUAUUCCAGGGAGAAGAAUCACUGACAAUGUGUUGCUGGCGCAUGAGUUAGUUUAUGAUUAUCAUAAUGAUAGUGGCCCUUCUAGUUGUGCAAUGAAAGUGGAUUUGAGGAAGGCAUAUGAUUCAAUAGAGUGGGAUUUCUUAGAAGAAAUGCUGUUAAACCUGAAUUUUCCUAGGAGGUUUAUACAUUGGGUAAUGCGGAGUGUUAGAACACCUACUUACUCUGUGGCAAUAAAUGGCUCAUUGUUUGAUAACACUUCAGUCAGCUAUAUGAAGGAAGCUUUACUUCAUCUUCAGUCAGUUUCUGGAUUGAAAGUUAACAAUGAGAAAAGUUCAAUUUUCUUCUCAAAUGUAUCUGCUCAUAACAGGGUUAAUUUUCUGAACAUUAUGGAUUUUGCUGAAGGGAAACUACCUGUUAAGUACUUGGGAAUGCCUCUUAUUUCAAGAAGACUCACUAAGACUGAUAGUCAAGUUCUGAUUCAGAGAGUUACAAGUCGUAUUUCAUCUUGGAAUUUUAAGUUCUUGUCUUUUGCAGGAAGUAUGGGGGAAUCAUGGGAUACAAUUUGUACUUAUAAGAAGGGUGGAGGUUUGGGAGUUAAAAAAGUUGAGUUAUGGAAUAAAGCUGCAAUUAUGAAGCAGAUAUGGUUCUUGCUUACAGACAAGUGUUCAUUGUGGUCUCACUGGGUUAUUCUGAAAAGACUUAGCUACUGGGGGAUAACCAAACCAUAUAAGGCUUCUUGGAGUUGGAGGAAUCUAGUUAAACUCAGGGAAAUGGCUAAAGAGAUCUUUGAAUGCAAGAUUGGCAAUGGAGAAGAUACUCUUUUCUGGUAUGAUCCCUGGGUUAAUGGUAAUUCUAUUAUUGAUUUGUAUCCUGUUAUUAAUAUUACAGAUGCAGACAUUCCAAAAACUGCUAAAGUUGCAGAUGUCUACAGGAAUGGUACUUGGUAUUUUCCAGAUGCUAUGGAUGAGCAGACUCUUCAAGCCUGGGAUACUGGUUCUUCAGUAUCUUGGGCAAAGCUUAUUUGGAAGGCUCAUAUUGUACCAAGGCAUAGUUUUAUAACCUGGAUGGUUAUUCAGAGGGGGCUAAAAACCAGAGAUAAGUUGUUCAGAUGGGGUACAGUUGAUAAUCCUAACUGUAGCCUAUGCAAUUGUUGUGUGGAAACUAUUAAUCAUCUGUUCUUUAGCUGUAUUUUUUCCAGUGAAGUUUGGAAGAAGGUGUUAUUUGCUUGUGCUAUAAACAGACCUCCUCUGGUCUGGAACAGAGAAAUUAGCUGGUUCACAAGGAAAUAUGGAGGCAAAAAUACCAGCACCAAGAUAAGAAGACUAGCCUUCUGUUCUACAGUUUAUCAUAUUUGGCUAGAAAGGAAUAAUACUAUCUUCUCAGGUAGUAGGCCGGAUGUUAAUAUUGUAUCUAAGAGAAUUAGUUUUUCUGUUCUAAGUAAAAGCCAUUCUAGAUUAGAUGGAGCAAUUUCAGAUUGCUGGCUGUAG